AUGCCUCUAGCAAAUACAUUUGGAACGCAUAGUCUGGAAGCUCAUCCUUUGCACACUCAACCAACGGUUCAUAUUAAGCUUAGUAAAGAAGAAAGAUCUCACUAUAGAGAACGGUACCAUUCAUUGAAGUUUAUCUCUAAUUAUGUUUCUGUUUUUGACCAAGCAAUGAGUGAUAAUAUUGACUCCAAAAUUAGGAAAGAAAAUGAAGCCUUACUGAAAAAGUAUUACGAAUCAAGGAAGCCGUUUACUUUUAAUAGUUUUAGGCAAGGUAGUGUGAUCAGUUCUUCUGAUUCUUCUACCGGUUUUACUGAGAGAACAAAAACCUAUUCUUUUUUGAACGACUUCGUCAGUAAUUGCGUCAAUGAAGUAGACCCAUAUACACUAAAGAUGACAGUGAGGAAUAGAAACACUGCCCUAAACAUGGAGAACCUCGAUGAUGAACAUAAGGACAAAGAUGGGGUGUACGAUUUUGAAGAUAAUACUGACGAGGAGUGUAAUGACAAGUCUGGCGGUGCCUUUCAUUAUUCAUCAGAGAGAUUGGAAAUUCUUCGCUCACGUUCGACAAGAUCCUAUUUUAAAUAUUAUAAGAAACUUUUGACAGUAGACCUAAGAGACAGUGAUGUUUUGAAAAGACACAACUUAUGGAUGCCGAUGGUUACUAAAAGAUUUAGGUUUCUACUAGCAUCGAGCGCAAAACCGGAGGAAGUAAGGUUGACGACACCCGUGCCAUCAUUUUUGGAGCAAGAUUUAGAUAUUUUUCAGAAAAAGACAUGUCCACUCUUCAUCAAUGGCACGGAUUGCGUCCCUAGGAGUUAUGACACAUUUUCGGGAUCUUCUGUCGUCCCUUCAAUUUUUUCAGAAUAUAAACUCCCAUCCCUGUCCUAUCACUGUUCUGUCGAACUGAAUGACCAAUUGUUCAUUGCCGGUGGUUUGAUGGCAUGCCAUAGGUAUGAUGAAGAGGCGCCUGAUUUGAAGGAUUUUUACGUAGACGGCAUAAAAAAUCUACCGCCACCGCUAUUAGCUGGAGUAAUUAAUAAUCCCUCCAUGAUUUCUAACCCUCAUUUGUACUGUUUUUCUCUGACCUCUUCUAGACUAACAAGGCCUGAAAUUUCAGGUUACGUUCCUCCUCCACUGGUGUGUUCGCAGGGUUGUAAGUUGACGGAAAGGCAUAUCUUUUUUUAUGGUGGUUUUGAGAUCAAGUCAGAAAUCCAAGUCGAUGAUAAGGGGAGAUAUUUUAUGAGAAAAAGAGCUUUCUUGAAUAAUACGGGUUACAUUUUAGACACUGUGAUGUUCACUUUCUCAAAGAUUGAACUAGUGGCCCCUCCAUACCAAUUUGCAAUUUACAACAACUUCUCUCCAAGAUUCGGUCAUAUGCAAGCAUCUGUAAGCAAUUCCAACAGUAAUAUUUCCAACGAUAAUACCACAACAAAUAAGAAGGGAAGAAGGUCGAUUAGCCCAUAUUGCCGCGGUAGUGGAGAUCACAAGAUAGACGAUUUGGUAGGUUCUCCAGAGAGUAGGGACUAUUUACCAGAUGAUCCCAUUCCAAACGUGACAAGUCCAAGGUCUUCAGAUUGCCUCCCUCCUAAACACUGCAGUACAGCAACGCAUGUUUGUAGCUCUGUCAAUACCAUUCUAAUCUUUGGAGGUUAUAGCCAGACUGGUGAUGACAAAUAUGAAGCUAUGAAUGACAUGUGGAAGAUAGAUAUUCCUGUGAUUUUUCGUGGAAAGCGUAAUUACUAUAAAUUUGCUGAUACUGUCACAGCUACUAAGAUUCCUGUAAUUGAUGAUCCAGAAGUAUGGCCAAGCAGGAGAGCGUUUUCAGCGUGCUGUGUACCAGAUUUUUUUACAAAGGAUGUUGAACCUAUAGAAAAAAGACUUUUGAGAAACCUAAAAAAUGAUUUUUCAGUAGAUUUGGAAAUUCGACCAGGCAAUAAGCCUUCUCAACCGCUUUUCCCAAACAUUCCACAUUCGAGGAAGGAGAAGAAAAAUGGACGCGAUAAUAUACACACUUCCAGUUCUGGUAAUACCAGUGAAGAUACUUCGUCAAAAUCUACUAGAAAUACAACUUCAAGCCCCCCUACAAGUCCUAAACACACACCACCCUUGAAUGUUCCGAAGAAAUGUACUUCAUUUGGAAGGACCGUUGCUUUCCACGGAGGUUCGGAUGGCUAUAACGUUUGUUGCGAUAUGUGGUGGUUUGACUUCGAUUCUGAAACCUGGACUAAGGUAGAUCUUUAUGCUAAAACGCAAGAUGAGUCAGUUGGUUUGGUACCUAUCAAAUUAUCUAUGGUGGGACAUUCAAUGGCAACAGUAGGUCAUAAUAUCUUAUUAAUUGGAGGUCUACGACAAAGUGAUGUUGACCAGUUAUACCGCGAUGAAGCUCCUCUCGAAGACAUGGUAUCGGGUAUUCCACUCGGUAGUGGUGUAAUAAAUGUUGUGAACCUAAAUACACAAUGCCUUCAAGGCUGCAAGCUAAUACAGAAGAACGGAGACAUGCAAGAUUAUGUCAUUAUGGAUCCUCACGUUGGCUUACCCCAUCAGGUGCUGACAGCGGCAGGUACAAUGGCAUUAGUUAAAGGAACCAUGACUUUAAUAGGAGGUGUGGUAGCUGGUCGCCAUGACAUUUCGAACUUUUACUUGAGGGGAGCUGUUCUACAGUUCAUUCUUCCAAGCAUGAAUCUAGCCAACUGA